AUGAAAGAUUUGUUGUUUACACCUGAAGAAAAACCUUUCCUUCAAAAUUGGGCAAAAUUUGAUGAAGAAUAUGGAAAUGAGGAUGGAAAUAAAAUUAACGAGAAACGACAAGUUUCGGAUGAUUUUAAGGAAUUAAUGUCAGGAAAUGUAGACGAUUGUUUUCGAUUAGGUAUUGGAUUGGCUAAAAAAUGCUUAAAAUUAUACACAAAUUUUGAUGAGGUUUUUUUUAAUUUUUUUAAUUCAAAAAAAUUUUUUUAG